UUAGAGUACCACUUCAAGAAUUUCCAAUCAAAAUGUCUGUGUGAAGUGUUCAUAUUUGCAAUCUCAACUAUAUGAUACCGUGUUCAUGGAAACCACAAUAAACUCCAUCACUAAAAAUUCCGAUUCCUGCAUUUUGCAUUUGUCCGUUUUGAAAUUUGUCCUUUACAAUGGCACUCAACCGCAACAAGGAGAAUGUCGCAAGUUACAUUCAAGAACCGCUCACAAAUAUAAAAGCAAGUCAAAUCCACACAAAGUUCAGCGCCAGACAGAUUCAGGGGAAGACAAUACAGGGUUCCAAUAUUUCUCAUAAUGAUGAAAAUAAUGACUAUUCUUUGAAACAGAGAUGGCCAACAAAGACCGGUAAUUCAGAACAGACCAAUAUGCGACCUCAUCAACAAAGACGAGCACUUGGAGAUAUAACCAACCGAGAGAAACAACAGUCUACACAAAUUUAUUCUCGAGAAAACCUCAAAGAAAGUACAAAUAACCCCCCUGUACAAAAGAACCCUGGAGCAGAUAGGGUGCCUUCAGUCAACUCUGAAGAAAUUGAAUAUAUGCCAAAGGAGAAUAUUCAAGAUCUUGUUUCUCCUGAACUCGAAAUUGAUAUGGACGAUCUUAAGCAAUCUAUUCAAAAAAGAAAGACAAAACCUUUCUGUUACGUCACAAGCAACAAGAGGGAGUCAUCUUUUCUGGAAACUGAAGAAAUUUCUAUCCAACUCGAGGAAUAUGAAAAACCUGAUGGACAGCAAGCCUGGCCUAUCCAUUCGGGAGAAGAUCCUCUUCCACUCUUCAAUCUUCCACAUAUUGAAGUCAGUGACCUAUCUGAACACAACAUUAAUUAAAUAAAGUCUUCAUCUUCUAAUUUUUUCGC